AUGCACGAUUACAUAGCAGCCAAAGUAAGGGAUCUGGCCAGAACGAACAAGUACGACGAGGAGCUUGAGGAACAAGUUAUCAGACAACUGCAUUUGGCGUCUCAGGUUAACUACCUAUGGGUAAGUAUCGUCUGCGACGCCCUACGUUCCGAAGAGGCUUGGUAUGCGGCCGAUCUACUUCACGAUGUCAAAGGGACAAAUCAGCCUGGGAUUGUGCAUGCGGUUUACUUCUCGGAUGACGGAAGCAAACUUGCGGCGGCUAUAUCCCGGGCAGCAAGCAUCUGGGAUCUCGACUGUGAAAUGUCUGCGUCCAGUACGUUCAAGAACUAUGAUAUCGAGAAUACAGCUACAAGUACAGUGAAGAGUGUGGUCUUCUGUAAAAACCGUAAACUACUAGCUACGGGCUCUACUGACUUCGAAGUCAAAGUCUGGGACGUGAGCUUCAUCUGGGAUGUGGAAAUGUGGAAAUGGAGGCGAACGGUGGGAAGAAGGAUACUAGUGAACUGGAAGCAACAAAUGAGCAUACGGAACCUGGAGAAGGAAAGCCUGAUCGAACGCAGCCAGUCCCAUCCCGGCACAGAGACUACCAAGCUGCGUGAACCACUACACAGACUGAAGGGUCACACAGGGGCAAUCGACUCUCUCGUGUUCUCGUGCAAAUUAAGGCAUAUCGCCUCCGGGUCUAAGGACAGCACAGUCCGAAUCUGGGAGCUGAACACCGAGGAGCCCGAAGCACGUAAGCCUCCUGACGCAAGGCGAGGUGCCGUCAACUCCGUUGCCUUGGCUGCCUAUAAAAACGGGUAUCGCCUCGCUUCCUGCACAGAGAGGGACGUUGACAUCUGGGAUUUCGGGACAGGAGAACAUCUGCAAGUGAUGAGAUCACCUUGUCGAAUACUGUGCGGCGGCCUCGCUGCCUCACCGAAUGGAGCCUACCUCGCCACUGGGUCAUACGAGGGCACAGUAGAUCUUUGGCACGCCCCUAGGAAGCGAAUAGAACAGGAACCAGAGCCAGCGGGUUGGGUAGAGCCUAGGUCACCGAUCAACAAGGCUCUAAGCCCCGACGGCCGAACAUUGGCUGUAUCUCAAGUUGGAGAAAAUAUAUUACUCUGGGAUAUUGAGACGAACGAACUCGUGAAUCCUCGCAUAUAA